UUAGAAACAAAUAGACGAAGUUGGUUGAUUUUGCUUGUGGAAGUUGGUGUAAUAUUCAGUUGUUGAAUUGCUGCAUGAUGGGUUGGCUUGGAAAGAUGAAGAUGACCCAAAAGCGGAAGCGAGAGAGAGAGGGGAGGGGUCCUCCUGAGCUGUAGAUUUAGGAUCGGACGGCCACAGCCAGCUCUUUGUUUCGUUCUUUGCUCCGAAUCAGCGGGAGGGAGGAAGGGGAAGCAGUCCACCGAUUCAGAUCUCGUUUGCCGUCCGUCUCUUCCUCGCGCGCAGCGGCGGCGUCGGCAAGGCCACGGACAUGGACACCCCCAAAGCCAAGGAGGCAGCGUGGAACGCCAACUACGGCGUCGUCGGCAGCAGAGACCGCCGCCUGGCCUUCUCCCGCCAGCUCUCUCUCGUCUCCUCCAACUCCAACGCCACCACGCCUCACCUCGCCCGCUCCGACUCCUCCAUCUCCAUGCCGCCCCAACUCGUACUCGGACUCGGACUCGGCGCCCCACCGCCCAAGCCCAAGAAGCUCCUCUACCUUGCCAGCCGCCCCAUGCGCCGCCUGGCCCUCCUCCUCGCCCUCAACGUCGCCUACUCCGCCACCGAGCUUGCCAUCGGACUUUUCACCGGACGCGUAGGCUUAGUUUCGGAUGCUUUCCAUUUGACGUUUGGAUGUGGCUUGUUAACUUUCUCAUUGUUUGCUAUGGCUGCCUCUCGAACCAAGCCUGAUAAUCUAUACACCUACGGGUACAAGAGAUUGGAGGUCCUGGCUGCCUUUACAAAUGCUCUGUUUCUGUUGUUCCUGUCUUUCUCUUUGGCUGUUGAAGCAUUGCACGCAUUUAUGCAAGAUGAAUCAGAGCACAAGCAUUAUCUCGUUGUCUCUGCUGUCACCAACCUUUUUGUCAAUUUACUCGGUGUUUGGUUUUUUCGGAGCUAUGCUCGUGUUAACAUAGUAUAUAGGAAUGCAGAGGAUAUGAAUUACCACUCUGUCUGUUUGCAUGUUCUGGCAGAUUCAAUACGGAGUGCAGGCUUGAUACUAGCUUCAUGGUUUCUUUCAUUGGGGGUUGAGAAUGCAGAAGUUUUGUGCCUGGGGAUCGUUUCAGUUGCGGUGUUCAUGCUUGUUUUACCACUGUUUAAAGCUACUGGUAACAUACUACUGCAGAUUGCACCUGGCAACGUGCCACCUUCAGCCUUUCUGAAGUGCUGCAGACAGAUUACUGCCUGUGAGGAUGUUUCCGAAGUAUGCCAAGGUCGAUUCUGGGAGCUUGCGCCUGGUCAUGGUGUUGGUUCUCUCUCCAUUCGGGUGAAGAGUGGCGCUGAUGAUCAGUCAGUCCUUGAAUACGUCCAUGGUCUAUAUCAAGAUUUGGGCAUACAAGAUCUGACCGUCCAAACCGAUGAUUCGUAGUUGGGAAUUUGUAUGGUGGAAAGGAGGGCUAGAAUUCCUGAAACUGUCACUGCAUUACUCAAUUGCAGCUGCUGCAGGAAAAGAGAAAAGAGUUUGUCAAGAUUGCAGUUGCAGUGCUAGUGUUGUCGCCCAGUGAGCCCAUUGCCCAUGCAUGAUAGUCUGAUAGAGCUGAGCUGAGCUGCCUGUGGCGUCCUAGUGUAAUAACAAGCCGCGGCAGUUUGCAUUUC